AUGCAGCUCGGGGGUAACGCCCGCAAGGCGUACUCGCCCGCGUCCUCUAUCUCAUCGCAAACCGCAUCGCCUCCAUCCCCAGAGACGUCGGCCUCCCAGCGCCCCCGACGGAAUUCAAGGACGCUCCCCGUGCCUAUCCCCGUGCCGAAUUUGACGAAGAAGUCGCGCGGGCGGCGAGUACCGACGGUGAGCAAUGGUGGAAUUUGGCGGGAGCAUAGUCGGCAGGGUGGUGAGCAUGCGGGCGCAAGGAGCUUUACGUGCGAUGUGCCUGGCUGUGGCAAGUGUUUCGCUCGUGGUGAGCACCUGAAGCGACAUGUGCGGAGUAUCCACACCAACGAAAAGCCGCACAAAUGCCCACAUCCAGGGUGCGACAAGGAAUUCAGUCGACAUGAUAACCUUGGCCAGCAUCUCAAGACGCACAAAGGGGGACGCUAG